UGCAUAUCGGAGCUUUAAUGGAUAAAAAACGCAUGUUACUCAAAGGACCGGAGGAAAGACGACGUGUGUUACCAUCUAGUGCGCUGCUAGAUAAGAUAAAAACUGUGAUGAACAUGAAAGGGACGAUGAAGCAGGGAGAUGCAGCAACUUCUUGCGAACGGGAGAAUGCUUCGCCUGAGGAGAGCAGCUGUGCAUCUGACGUUCGAGUGGAUGACCAAGAACGACCUGAGGAAGCGAGCGUGGUAGACAAGACGAGUUCAGUACCGGAUGAGACUUUGCCCACAAUAGCGAGUUCGAUAAUUUGCCUCCGCUUUCCGAUAUCCUUAACAGCCCUCCGCGAGCAUCUCACAGGCCCCAGGCUUGAUGCCGCUCUACUAGCUUCGGUCAAGAGUGCUAGCGAAGACCUAGCACAGCUACCGAGGAACUGGCACGAAGCUUCCUCACAGGCCAAGGUUGAAGCACUAGCGAGUGCCCUAGUACGUGGGCUGUACGGCCAUGUAGAUGCGAUGCAGCCUGAAUCUGAGCUAUUCCGAGAACAGAUUCGCGCAGUAGAGGACAUGGAUUUGGUGUUGAAAGCAUUGUUGGAUAUGUACGCCCAAAGGAAGAAGGAGUUGAAGAAUCCUGGUCAGGUCGUGAGCACUGGAGCAGCUGUGAAGGUGCAUAAAACGCAGAUGAAUGGUCGACGUAGCCGUAAUAAAGGAAACCUUCAGACGAAACAAAAUCCUCCUAUCAGUGCAGGUGUUUCAACGUCAGUUAUUGUCCAGAAUGGAAUGACUAACGUUGCAGCCCGCGCAGUGGCAUCUCAGUCCAGCACUUUGGGAAAAAAUGCAACGAAGCACCACAAAGACAAAGUUGUCGCUGCUCAGGCGUAUCAGCAUGCAGGACUCACUGGGGGAGGCAUGACGAGCAAGGGGUCUUCCAGAAAAGGAGGAGGAAAGAGAAACAAGAUGAAACAGACAGCCUCUUCGACCCCGACUCAUCUCCAACAUGCUCCAGUGCAGCUGUCCUCUGCAUCGAGUUUC